GCCGGUCGGCCGGUGGGUCCGUGUCCGGAGGGGAUCCCCGCGCUCGGGCGGGCCCGGGUUCCGCCCCGGCGGCCGUUGACGUUUGAAAGCGCGGCGGCGGGCCGGGUUGGCGGCCGGGGGGAGGGGGAGCAGGAGGGGGGAAGAGCCGCGGCGGUCGGCGCCUGCGCACUGGCGUUCCGAGGGCCGCCCCCCUCCCCUCCCUCUCCGGGCGCAGGCGCGGCGGCGGCAGCAGCAGCAGCAGCUACUACGACGACGCCGGCGGCUACUACAGCGGCUUCGGAGAUGCAGAACUUGGAGGAAGAAUUAACCUGUUCCAUUUGCUAUAGUAUAUUUGAAGACCCGCGUGUACUGCCGUGCUCUCAUACGUUUUGUAGAACCUGUCUGGAAAAUGUUCUUCAGGCAUCCAGUAACUUUUACAUAUGGCGACCAUUAAGGAUUCCACUGAAGUGCCCAAAUUGUCGGAGUAGGGUUGAAAUCCCUCAGUCUGGUAUUGAGUCUUUGCCUGUCAACUUCGCUCUAAGGGCCAUCAUUGAGAAAUACCAGCAGGAAGACCACCCAGACAUCGUCACCUGCGCCGAGCAUCACGGUCAACCCUUAAACGUUUACUGUCUGUUUGAUAAGAAAUUAGUUUGCGGCCACUGCCUUACAAUCGGUGAACAUCACGGUCACCCCAUAGGUGACCUUCACAGUGCCUAUAUGAAAGAGAAGGACACACCGAUCGAAUUGUUUGAACAGCUGACUGAUAAACAUUGGAUGGACCUAAACCUACUUAUGGAGAAACUGGAGCAACAGCAAUCUUAUUGCGAAAAAAUUGUCGAGGACGAUAAAGAAAGCGUCCUCACCUAUUUUAAUAAACUUAGGGAAAUUUUGGACCAGAAGGAAGAAACGUUGCUAUCUGCUCUGGAUGCCGUCAAAACCCAGAUCGUCGAGAAAUAUUCCCCACUCCUUGCGACGGUGAAGAAAAUCCGAGAGGAGCAGCUGGAGUUAAUGUUACUGACCGUGGCCCUGCAAGAAGAGGAGUCGCCUCUGAAUUUUCUGGAGAAACUGGAUGAUGUCCGUCAGCGGGUGCAAGCUGUGAGACAAAGGCAGCUUCCUCCCCUCAAACCUGUGGAAGUUCAGCCGCGAGUAGGUCGGCUGAUGAAGGAAGAGUGGUCUAAAAUUGAAAUUGGUCAGGUCAACAACGUUCUCAUUCCAGAGAUCAAACUCUCUUCCAGAGAGGUGAGACACAGUCAGGCUGGUGAUGACAGCAAGGAAAUUAAAGAGUUUUUAAAGUUUUUCACUUUUAUAUUGACAGUGGUUUCUGCGUUGGUGACGAUGCACGUGUUGGUUGGCGAACACGUGUCACCGAUAAGUUUAACCUCUCUUUCAGAAGCCUUCGGAUCGGUGUAUCAGAUGUUCUUUAGCAGUGUGUACGCAGUCAAGGAAAUUCUGUGCUACGCUUGCAACUCGGUGGGGGAAUUCAUAUGGAAACUGGCUCAUAAUCAGUCCUUCUAACAGAGGAUAGUGAGGGUAGAUAACCCAGUAUUUUAACCUCCUCCAGCAUUAGACUCCAAACCAACCAAAACAAGUCACAGACCAGAUCUGUCCCAAGUCUCAGCCUUCUCAGAGGCCCUCUGGAGGAAGGGCCGAUGUGCCUCCAUGAGAUGGGAAGAGGAGCUGGGCUGGAUUAUUGGCUCACGAAUACCCUGGUUAAUCGAUAUCUCCGCCCCCUCCCCCCCAUAUAGAGUUAUUUGAUUCCUAUCAAAUCCUAUUUCUCUUUCCGGUUGGCUAGUGAAAGUUGUCUAUUUUAAACCAUCUCUUUCUGCUGUACAGUGAGUCUCUUGUAAGGUCAUUUCCCAUUGCCAUCAUCCCGAAUUCUGUGGGGUAUAGUUUUUUGUUUUUGUUUCAUGCCUCUGUGUGUGUGUGUGUGUGUGGUCCUUUAUUCUGAAAGAUGUCAUUAGUGGAUAAAUUCAUUAGACCAAAAAGACCAAAGUAUGGCACAAGGCAAGGAGAGAAGGAAAACAGUUAUUUUGCCUUAACAUGUGAAGUGGACUAAACUGAACUCCCUAGUGGGAGCUCUGUGCAGACGAGAGGAAAGAAAAUAGCGACCGGGACAGUCAGAGUAGUGAAGAUGAGGGACAAAUGGUAUAAAUUCAGAAGAGGCAGUGUCACCUUAUCGUUUGGGAGCUCCCAGAGGAAGCGUUGCUCAGGGAACAGUCCUUCGGGCAGGUAUGGGAACUCAGCAGAAGGGAAUGAGGCAUAUAGGCCCUGUUGUCUUCUACCAGGAGGGCACCGCUUCAGUAUAUCCACGUGCAAGUGUUGUAAGCAGUCCAAGAAGAGGGAGGGGUAAACAGCAGGGUUAAAAUUUCUAAAAAAUGGUGAACAAUUCCUCAUCUGGGGUGCUACCUUCUGGUGUAUGGGAUGAGGAAUCGCUGCCUCUCAGGCAGACGGUCAGAUCAGGCUACCUCUUAGUAGUGUUAGUGUUCUGCCAGGUGACCUAAAACAAGUGCCAAAUGGCAGCAUUUGCAGCUCAUCCUUUCCCCUAAUAUUAGGUCAAGGAAAGUGAAGGCAGGGCGGCAAGUAACGAGUCUGACUCUUAUCAAGCCUUCACUGUGAUAUCAAUUAUUGUCUUAUCCCUGUAACAUCUCAUACUGUCCAAUAACUAACUUGCUUACUUAGAAAUUCUAACCCAGGAGGUCAAGAAUUUCUGGUCAGUGGUCCAAGGAGACAUUGGAGUGGCCCUAGUUGCUGGUAAGAGUGAGUUAAAUUUCUUCUUUACCUCUUUAAAAAUGAAGGCAAAUGAAUGGAUUUUGUGAGCUGUAGGGGCUGUUUAGGAUUGUUUUUUUGGUUUUGGCUCUAGGCUGCUUGCCAAGAAUCCAAAGAAGUAGCUACUUCAAGAUGGGUGGGUUUGGUUUUACCCCUACUGUCCUCUAAGUUUUCUUUCUUAUAUAAAGGGAAAUGGACAAAGAAGCUGCUCCCUUUACCUUUUUCCACAGUUAGCACCAAAAUGUAGCACUUCUCCUGUGUAAACACUGUCAAACAAUUGGUUGACAUUAAUUCUUUCAAGAAAUUAUUUUAUAUUUAAGAGUAUAUCCUAAAGAAAGAACUUUAUUGCUGGGAAUAAAUGUAAAUGAUCUUUAUGAAAUCUGAAGUGCUCUUGUCAACUUCUAUAUUCAUUCACUUAAAUGAAGUGUCUAAUGUAUGAUCUAAAAUGUGGCAGAGAACACCCUGCAAUUGUGUAUGGUUUUAUAAAAAGUAGUAUAAGUGUGUUCUUUUAAAGAGACUUUCCAAAUAUAAAUUUCUGUGCAUAGUCUUUUUUUAUUCACUGUCAAGUUCUGUUAAUUGAUUAUUAAGCAUUCUGUAUUUAAGGAAGACAUUUUAUUCACUGUCAAGUUCUGUUCAUUGAUUAUUAAGCAUUCUGUAUUUAAGGAAGGUUUUCUCCUCCUCACUUGAAUUUAUUAAACUGAGUUUUUGACUUGCCUCUUGAAAGCUGAAAAGUAAUUAUGUCCUUGCAAAUUUUUUGUAGCUUUAUUAAAUGUAAAAUGCUUUAA